AAAGAAUAGUAUAAUUUUGUUAAUUAGAUUUAACUAGCCGUUACUCUCUCAGAAUCUCAAAAACACGAACCCUGAAAAAUCUUGUGUAUCAAUCUUUUCCAUAUUUGAUCUCAGUUUACUUGCAUCUUCUUGGGUGAUGGUAUAUAGUUCACAAAGAUGGUGAUAGGCGUACCAGGAACACCAUUGUCGAAGACUGGAAGGACACCUUCUCGUUUUCCAGGUAGUAGAAGGACUAUUCCGUCGUCUACUCCAGGAGGUCCAAAGCUUCGCGAAGAGAAAAUUCUUGUAACGAUUCGUGUGAGGCCUCUUAGCCCGAAAGAACAAGCAGCCUAUGAUCUCAUUGCUUGGGAUUUCCCUGAUGAACAAACUAUUGUAUCGAAGAACUUAAAUCAUGAAAGACACACUGGUCCUUAUUCAUUUGAUAAUGUCUUUGACCCGACUUGUUCGACUAGCAAGGUUUAUGAACAAGGGGCUAGAGAUGUUGCUCUCUCUGCUCUAAAUGGGAUAAAUGCAACCAUAUUUGCAUAUGGACAGACAAGUAGUGGGAAGACAUUCACAAUGAGGGGAAUAACCGAGAGUGCUGUUAAUGACAUUUAUGAGCACAUCAAAUUUACUACUGAGAGGGACUUUGUGCUGAAAUUCUCUGCUUUAGAAAUAUAUAAUGAGACAGUAGUAGACCUCUUGAAUCGCGAGUCUGGCUCACUUCGCCUAUUGGAUGAUCCAGAGAAAGGUAUUAUUGUAGAGAAACUAGUGGAAGAGAUUGUAAAGGAUGGCCAACAUCUGAGAACCUUAAUUGGUGCCUGUGAAGCCCAGAGACAAGUGGGUGAAACUGCUCUAAAUGAUAAAAGCUCAAGGUCUCAUCAGAUAAUUAAGCUGACCAUUGAGAGCAGCAUCCGGGAAAACUCAGGGCGUGUGAAAUCCUUCUUGGCAACUCUGAACCUUGUGGAUCUUGCUGGAAGUGAGCGUGCCUUGCAAACAAGUGCAGAUGGUACAAGGUUAAAGGAAGGAAGCCAUAUUAACCGGAGCUUGCUGACACUGACCACAGUGAUCAGAAAACUAAGUGGUGGAAAGAGGGGUGGUCAUAUUCCCUACAGAGAUUCAAAAUUGACGAGGAUAUUACAGCCUUCACUUGGCGGAAACUCAAGAACAGCAAUUGUUUGCACUAUGAGUCCUGCUUUAAGUCAUGUGGAACAAUCACGCAACACUCUGUGCUUUGCAACAAGUGCCAAAGAAGUCAUUACCACUGCGCAAGUAAACAUGGUUGUUGCUGAGAAGCAAUUGCUGAAGCAUUUACAAAAGGAAGUUUCCAGACUUGAAGCAGAGCUCCGAAGUCCUGACCCUUCUGCCUCCCCAUGUUUCAGAACUCUACUAAUGGAGAAAGAGCGGAAAAUCCAACAGAUGGAGGAGGAGAUGAAUGAGCUGAAACGUCAGCGUGACCUAGCACAAUCCCAGCUCGAACUAGAAAGAAGAUCAAAGAAAGAGCUCAAGGCUUCAGAUCACCAUGGACCUUCUCGUCAAGUAGUCAAAUGUCUUUCAUUUACAACUGAAAAUGAAGUAGUUUCUGGAUCUCUUUCUACACCCCUGGGAAGAAAAAAGUUACUUGACAGGCAGGCUGCAAUUAGGAGGUCUACCAAUUCAACCAAUCCAUCUAUGCUGGUGCACGAGAUCCGAAAGCUUGAGGUGAGACAGAGGCAACUUGGUGAUGAAGCAAACCAUGCACUUCAGUUGCUUCACAAAGAGUUUGCAUCUCACAGAAUUGGCAGCCAAGGGGCUACAGAUACCAUUGCAAAGUUGUUUGCAGAAAUUAAAGAACUGCACAAAAUAAGUUCUGUUCCUGAACAAAUUGAGAUAAAAGAUAAAGCCAGCUUGAAAGAAGAGAUUGCACGGCUGAGAUCGCAGGAAAACAACAUUGCAUCUUUAGAACAGAAACUUGAAAAUGUUCAGAGAUCUAUAGACGAAUUAGUCAUGCAUCUUCCAAGUUGUCAGGAAUCUGUUGAUUUGAGGACUCCAAAAAAGAAAAAGGUGCUUCCUUUUAACACCAGUAACAUGCCAAAUAUAAUUCGAUCACCAUGUUCUCCUAUGUCUCCUUCAUCCUGCAACAUCGUGGAUGGCGAGAUUGAGAACAGAGCACCAGAAUGCAAUAAUGUUGGAUCUGCUGGUGAUUCAUUCUGUAGCCAAAAAAGCACUCCAAUUAGAAGAAUGGACAGUAACUGUAUCUCAUCGAGGGAGGGUACUCCUGGAUCAAGGCAGUCAAACUCUGUUAACAUGAAGAAGAUGCAAAAGAUGUUUAAAAAAGCAGCUGAAGAGAACAUUCGGAGUAUUAAAGCUUAUGUUACUGAGCUGAAAGAAAGGGUAGCUAAGUUACAGUACCAGAAGCAGCUGCUUGUUUGCCAGGUGCUGGAGUUGGAGGCAAAUGAAGCUGCAAGUGAUGAAGCUGAUAUAACCGAUCAAUCUCCGUUGUCAUGGCACUUGGUGUUUGAGGACCAAAGGCAGCAAAUUAUUAUGUUGUGGCAUUUGUGUCACGUGUCUUUAGUGCACCGUACUCAAUUUUACAUGUUAUUUAAAGGGGAUCCAUCAGAUCAGAUAUACAUGGAAGUUGAGCUUAGGAGGCUGACAUGGUUAGAUCAACACUUAGCAGGGCUUGGUAACGCGAGUCCUGCUCUUUUGGGUGAUGACCCUGCUGGCUAUGUCUCAUCAAGUAUUAAGGCUCUGAAGCAGGAGAGGGAAUAUCUAGCGAAAAGGGUGAGCUCCAAGCUAAAUGCAGAAGAAAGGGAAAUGCUGUACAUGAAAUGGGACAUUCCACCAGAAGGAAAACAGAGGAGACGGCUACAGCUUGUGAAUAAACUCUGGUCAGAUCCUCUUAACAUGCAAAAUGUAUGUGAAAGUGCUGAAGUAGUCGCGAAGCUUGUUGGAUUCUGCGAAACAGGAGAACAUGUUUCAAAGGAGAUGUUUCAGCUCAAUUUUGUUUCCCCAUCUGACAAAAAAACAUGGCUAGGUUGGAAUCUGAUAUCAAACUUAUUACACUUGUAGUUCCAAAUAGCAAGUCCAUGUAGAUUUUGGCAUCCUGUACAGUUUCUUGCUAAUGCAUCCAGCAUUUUUGCUUCUA